GUGGCGCAGAAGGCUGCUCCGUCAUGCACUAGGUAGUGUGUGAUGUAAUUUCGCUGCAGUUAUAAAUAUCGUCGGCAAGGGAAAAAAGUAGCAUGGCUGAGCGAGGCUAGAAUUGACGGUCAACAUUUUCCAACUUUUGUGUGAAAACAAAACAGCUUGAACACCAGUCUGAAGUGUAGUGUCUUGAGAGGAAACCCGCUGAGCGCGACUUCAUGCCGCUCACUAGGGUUGACCGUAGCUCUGUUCGUGAGUAAGCUCUUUGUGCGUCUUUUUGGCUGCCGACCCAAAUACAGAGAAAGACGGUAGUUUGGUGUCUUCAACUCUUUCAAACGCUCACGUACCGCUCAGAAGGAUGAGUGUCCAUUCGGCCCUAUUACCAAUAGUGGUCUUAGGACUUAUGACAAGCUCAGUGCGCUGCGCUCCGCUGCCCGGUGGGCAGAACGGACCCGUGGAGCGACGCUGGGAGACCCUCUACUCGCGUUCUCUAGCCCGAAUCCCCGGGGAAAAAAGAGAUAUCAGCCGGGACAGUGAUUAUCUCACGGGCAUUAAAAGACUGCGACGUCUCUACUGCAAUGUUGGCAUCGGGUUUCAUCUCCAAGUAUUACCGGACGGUAGAAUUACCGGCGUGCACAACGAAAACCGUUACAGUCUUCUUGAGAUAUCUCCGGUGGAGAGGGGAGUUGUGACACUGUUUGGCGUCCGGAGCGGGCUAUUCGUGGCCAUGAACAGCAAAGGGAAGCUUUUCGGAUCUACGCAGUUCACAGAUGAAUGCAAGUUCCGAGAAACGCUCCUUGCAAAUAACUACAAUGCGUACGAAUCGCAGGCACAUCCCGGGAUGUACAUCGGACUGAGUAAGACUGGCAAAACAAAGAAAGGAAAUCGAGUAUCGACAUCCAUGACGGUGACACAUUUCUUGCCUAGAAUUUGAGCUCGUUUGGAGAAGCGCAAGGCGGAGGAACUGCGAUGCACUUUCUACAGAAGUUAGGCUACAUGUGAGGUUAAGUGUAUCGUGUCAUGUAUGUAAAUAUUAGACUAUUUAUAUCUGUUGAUUUUAUAUACAUCACAACGUCCUCUUUCCGAGUGCAAAACAACAAUUAAUUUAUUUUUUAUUUGUUUAUUUAUCCUCAUUGCUGCUACCACGUGUUCAUAUACAAGUGAAAUUCCUACAAUGUACUUUUUUUUUUUUUUGCACUGUUUGAGUUGUUCUAAAGCAACUGUUUUGGAGAGGUGGUCAGUGUUAGACGCCAUAUUUAUUUU